UUAGAAGUGAUAGCUAAAAUUAGAGCCUUUUGUUAUACCAAUAUUAAAGAGGAAUUAUCAUUUUAUGGUAAAGAAUUGUCUGAAUUUGAUUUGAGAGAUAGUGUAAAUAGUUCAACCGUUAAUACAAGCCAAUUAGAAUUUACCGAACAGCAAUUUGAUAAUGAAUUAUCUGAUUCGUUCAAUCCUAUUUUCGAAUCCAACCAUAUACAACUAGAUGAAAUAAAUGACGAUGAUUUGUUAAUUGAAAAAAUUAUUGAUCUUUCAAACCCGGCUUUUAUCGGUAAUAAUAAUUUAUUUAUUGAAGAACAAAGCAAGGUCUCAAAUAAUAUGGCUCGAUGGUCGGCUUCAAGAAACCAUGAUUAUAAUCCAGCAAGAUUAGUAGCACAAAUAUUUAAUGAGAAAGAAUAA